GUUCAACAAUCGAAUUGUUACUAUCAACUUUUAGAUAAAACACCAAAUAUCCCAGUAAAUUAUCGUACAGAAGAUGGUGUAGUUUAUUUAACACCAAAUUGGACAAGAAAUCCAAAUAAUAAUUAUAAUACUACUACUACCAGUACUAUUACACAUCAACGUCCAUUAUUAAGUGCACAUCUUCAAACAGCUACUAUCAACAAUAGUUCAACAAUACAACAAUAUAUUCAAUCCCAUGAAUCUGGUCAAUUGUAUUAUUUAUUUUUCCGUGUAUCUUGUUAUGAAGAUGAUUUUAGACGAUCUCCGUCAGCGUCAACAGCAGCAGAAGCCAUGGAAUCGAUGUCAUCGAUAAAUCUAUCCACAGGACAGCAACAAUCAGCAAAUAUGCCAACAAUGGGCAAUUCAUCUUAUCCAACUUCAUCAUUCACUAAUAAUAAUAAUAAUAAUGGUGAUCAAAAUCAAACAUGGUUGUCGAUGAAUCCGACAUUAAUCGAUGCGAAUAAUAAUAAUAUUAAUAAUAAUCAUCGAAAGUAUAAACUAGUAUUUCAACAUUCAUUUUAUGUUUACAUUUCAAUAGCAAAAUAUCCAUUUUAAAGUGAAUACUACUCACAAUACUACUCACACUACCACUAACUACUACUACUCCGACUUCUACUACUACUGCUGCGACUACUACUACUCCGACUUCUACUACUACUGGUACUACUCCGAUUACUAGUGCUACUAAUCCGACUGCUACUACUACUCACACUACCGCUGCUACUGCUAUGACUCCUACUACUGCUACUACCACUACUACUACUCCGAGUGCUACUACUACUCACGCUACUUACUACUACUACUCCUACUACCACUCACAUAACUUGCUACUACUGCUUUGACUUAUACUACUACUACUCCGACUACUACUAUCACUCCAACUACUACCACUACUUAGACUACUACUAUUACUAGUAAUAAUACUGUUCUUCCAUUUUUUUUUCAAACAAACUUACUCAACCACAUUUUUUUCUCCAAAAUUUUUCUGUAUGAAUAAAGUAUGCAAAAACACAAGUCGUGUUUUUUUUCUAAUAUUAAAAAAAUCUUUAUUUUAUUUUCUUUUUGUGUUCGUUUGUCAACUCACAUUCACUGUGUUUUAAACAAAAAAAAAAUUUCACUUUAAUUUGUUUUACUCUUUUAUUAUGAGGAUGUACUAUGAACUUGUAAGGGAAACACAGUGUGAUCAAUUUUAUUUUGGCGGGGAAACAAAUACACAGGAAAUGGAGUUUAUUUAAACAAAACUAUGCAUAUUGAUCAACGAUAUAAUUAGAACAAAUCAAUUGAGAUGAAAACUUGGUUUUCUUACAAAACAGAAGAAACAGUUCAAAUGUUUUCUUUUUUUAGGAUAAAAUUCAAUGAAUUUUAUGAUAAUUUUUUUCUCUAAUAACCGGUUCAUUUGAAAUUGUUCGCUACCUGCGUGUGUGUGUGCUUGUGCAUGGGCGUUGUUCAAACAUAAAAAUGCAUUUUAUUAGUAUGUUGUCAG